GCUAAACACAGAUUCACAGAAGGAAGCUCUAACAUUUGUCAGGUAGCUGCUAAGCCACAUGUAAAGAUGAGUGUCCCAGACUACAUGCAGUGCGCUGAGGACCACCAGACGGUGCUUGUGGUGGUCCAGCCGGUCGGUAUCGUUCCUGAGGACCAGUUCUUCAAGAUCUACAAGCGCAUUGCCAGCGUGAGCCAGGUGAACAUCAGGGACUCCCAGCGCCUCCUCUACAUCCGCUACCGCCACCACUACCUGCCUGAAAAUAACGAGUGGGGGGACUUCCAGACGCACCGCAAAGUGGUGGGCCUCAUCGCAAUCACCACCUGCAGCACGCCCAAGGAGUGGCCCCAGACGGUCGAGCGCUUCCACGGCCAGAAGGAGGUGUACAGCUCCACGCUGUACGACUCACGGUUGCUGGUAUUUGGGUUGUGUGGGGAGAUUGCCGAGCAGCAGCGCCCGGACGUGGCCUUUUACCCCAGCUUUGAAGAGUGCUCUGAUGUGGAGAAGAGAGUAGAGGACUUUGUGGAGUCGAUAUUUAUUGUCCUGGAGUCCAAGCGGCUUGAUCGUGCCACAGAUAAAUCCGGUGACAAGAUCCCCCUCCUCUGCGUGCCCUUCGAGAAGAAGGACUUUGUGGGUUUAGACACAGACAGCAGACAUUAUAAGAAACGUUGCCAGGGACGGAUGAGGAAGCAUGUCGGUGACUUGUGCCUCCAGGCAGGCAUGCUGCAGGACGCGCUGGUCCACUACCACAUGGCUGUGGAGCUGCUCAGGGGAGUUAAUGACUUCCUCUGGCUGGGUGCUGCACUGGAGGGUUUAUGCUCAGCCUCCGUCAUAUUCCACUACCCUGGAGGCACGGCAGGGAAGGUGACGGGACGCAAACCGAGCAUCUCCCAGCCAGUAGACGCAGGGAAACGUCACAGACCAGGGGCUCAGGAGGUUCUCAUUGACCCAGGAGCCCUCACAACCAACGGCAUCAGUGCAGACACCAGCACUGAGAUUGGACGAGCAAAAAACUGCCUGAGUCCUGAGGACAUUAUCGAGAAGUACAAAGAGGCCAUCUCCUACUAUGGAAAGUACAAGAACGCAGGCGUCAUCGAGCUGGAGGCCUGUGUGAAAGCAGUCAGGGUGCUGGCUAUUCAGAAGAGGGCCAGAGAGGCCUCCGAUUUCCUGCAGAACGCUGUUUACAUCAACCUGGGACAGCUGUCGGAGGAAGAGAAGAUCCAGCGCUACAGUAUUCUGUCUGAGCUCUAUGAAUUGAUUGGAUUCCAUCGAAAAUCAGCUUUUUUCAAGCGUGUCGCCGCCAUGCAGUGUGUAGCUCCCACCAUCCCAGAGCCUGGCUGGAGGGCCUGCUACAAGCUGCUGUUGGAGACGUUACCCGGAUACAGCCUGUCACUUGAUCCCAAAGACUUCAGCAAAGGUACCCACAGAGGCUGGGCUGCUGUACAGAUGCGCCUCCUGCAUGAGCUGGUUUAUGCCUCCCGUCGCAUGGGCAACCCGGCCCUGUCUGUACGCCACCUGUCCUUCCUGUUGCAGACCAUGCUGGAUUUCCUGUCUGAGCAAGAAAAGAAGGAAGUGACCCAGAGUCUGGAGAACUACACCUCCAAGUGUCCCGGUGGAAUGGAGGUUAUCACCCUUCCUGAUGGCCUGAAGCUGCCUCCAGUGCCCUUUACAAAGCUCCCUAUUGUUCGAUCAGUGAAGCUCCUUAAUCUGCCCGUCAGUCUCCGGCCCCACAAAGUGAAAGGCCUGCUGGGACAGAAUAUGUCCACUGCUAGCCCCUUCAUCUAUUCACCGAUCAUUAUCCACAACAGAGGAGAGGAGCGUUGUAAGAAAAUAGAUUUCCAGUGGGUUCAAGGAGAUGUUUGUGAAGUGCAGCUGAUGGUCUACAACCCCAUGCCCUAUGAACUUCGUGUGGAGAACAUGGGUUUGCUGACCUCUGGAGUAGAAUUUGAAUCUCUGCCUGCAGCGCUGUCCCUGCCUGCCGAGUCUGGCCUGUACCCUGUCACUCUGGUUGGCGUGCCACGCACAGCCGGGAACAUUACUGUCAAUGGUUACCACACAUCAGUGUUCGGUGUAACCAGUGAUUGCCUGCUGGAUGGCCUGCCUAGUGUGAAGACUAGCGGCUGUUUGGUGGAGGUCAUUCCCUCUCUUCCACGCCUCCAGCUCCAGACAUCACUACCACGGUCAGCCUACACACCUCACCCCAUGUCCAAAGAAGAGCUGUCCAGCUCUGUGUCUGUCCAGCUGUUCAACGGAGAGACGCAGCAGCUCGCCAUCACCUUGGAGAACAUUGGAUCUGAGGACAUAGAGACUUUGGAGCUUGCCUCUAAGAUUGUCAGCACCAAAGAGAAAGUGUUUGGGGAAUUUCUGAGCUGGGAGUUGGAUGAGGCAUUGUCUCACCUGCCUCUAAAGCCGGGCCAGACCGUGACACUGACUGUCAAUAUCAAAGUGAAGCUUGACUUCUCCGGUCAGGAAAACCUGCUGCAGGACCUCAAUGACGAUGGAAUCAGUGUGACAGGCUUGCCAAUCUCCAGUCCCCUCCGCCAAGUCCUCAAACCCAGGCCUGAGACCAAGCCCGUCAGCAGCGAGUCCAGCAAGGCUGAGUACAGCCACGUUAAGACUUUGGAGGCAGUGCUCAACUUCAAGUACUCUGGGGGAGCAGGCAAAGUUGAGGGCUACUACAGGGAGUUGUCUUUGGGCGUCCACGUUGAUGUGGAACCUUCAGUGUUUUUUACCAGGGUCAGCACCCUCCCUGCUACCAGCACUCGCCAUUGUCACCUACUGCUCGACAUCUUCAACCCAACCGAGCACGAGCUCACGGUCAGCGCCAAGAACAACCAGGACCUGGUUCUCCAUGCCAGUGAGUGUCAGAGGAUGGCCAUUCAGGUGGACAAGUUUGACUUUGAGAGUCUGCCACAGCCGGACCAGGAGACUGUUCGCUUCAGUAACCCCAAACAGCUGGAGGAGGAGCGACAGCAUGCCCAAGGCUGCCAGAUCAACAGCAAGCUGGGCAUCUGUUGGAGCAUUCCAUCUCUGCGUCGCUCUGGAGAAGCCAGUGUGGAGGGAGUUCUCAACCAGCUGGUCCUGGAGCACCUACAGCUUGCUCCUUUGCAGUGGGAUGUGUUGGUGAAUAAAAAGCCAUGUGACUGCGACGUCAUCGCUGACUGUAAAGUGGGUGAUGCUGUGACCCUGGAGGUAAAACUAACCAAUCUGAGCAAGAAUUCGGUGGGCCCCCUCGCUCUGAAUGUGGUGCCAUAUCAGGACUAUCAGAACGGAGUCCAGAACUACGAUCUGGAGGACGGCGUCACUUUCAUCGGCUCCAACACCUUCUACAUUGAUACGGUUAAACCCAAAGAAAGUACCGUCUGUGAAGGUGCCCUGCUUUUCCUUUACACCGGAGAUUUCUACCUUAAUAUCAAAUUCCAAGAUGACAGUGCUGGACGAGAGCUGCCUUUGGCCUGGUUCACUCUGCCGAGUGUUCACAUCAGAGCUCUUGACACUCCACUACAGGCCGGGGCCUAGGGUCAUCGAGGUCAUAGGUCUGACUGAAAGAACCUUAUAAAGAAAUCAUGUGUAAAUAUAAUUUUGGUAAAUGUUACUGCAUUUUUAUAGCUAACACACUGUCUCUGCUUAAGGCUGAAUGAAUACAGACUUUGCACGGGUGAUGUGAGGCAGAAUCAGUUUCUCCAUCCUUUCUGAGCGUAUCUUCAGAGCUCACCAACAUUCACAGCAACAAAAUAAGGUCAUUUCAGUGCAAUCACAGCAAUCAGCACUCGCUCGAGACAGAAUAAAUUGGUUCAUGUUUUCUGGUUCAAACAGCACACCAAUUCACAUUAUUAACCAGCAGCAACACAUGCUAACCAUGCUGAUCAGUGAGGAAGAAAGCUAGAGAGCCUAAAGUGGAGGAAGUCUUCUUAUUAAUCUAACCCUGAUCUGUGAGAUUGUAGACUGCUCUGUAAUAGACAUGUAGUGUACCUGAUAGUCAGUUGUAAGGCAGGGUGUAGUAUAUAAGUGUGUUCCUUUGAAUAUAGCAGGUUUUCUUAUUGUCCAGGAUGCAAUAAAUCAAGUUGGUUUGUUAACUGGGUGCUUGUGAACUUAAGAUGGUCUGCUGAUUUAGCCCAAGGGGGCAACGAGGGGGUAUUUGGGCCAACACUUCCUGUUCCAUUCCAGCUUCAAUUUGAACAAAUACUGGUAGAUUAAAAAAGACUAAAUCGUUGUCCGACCACUGCCAGUGGUUUCUGUUUCUCUUCACCUGGACUGUUUACCCGCAUGCAACAUAAACUGUCGCCACGCCAAUAGCUGGGAUGACUGCAUGCUGUGAUCACAAAAUCUUUGGAAUGAGCCCCUUAAAAAGAAGUCGGUGUGACUCCUGAGUUGACAUCUGCUGUCUGGUUUGUGAAGUUUGAGGACCACUGUUAAGUCGCAGGGAGCACGGCGUAAGUAAACAGAACAGAGCGAUCUGAAAAUAGCAGCCAUGCCAGAAACUGCCAGAGAAGGUGACCUUGAAUUAGCUAAAUUUAAGUUAGUUUUUGAUUUUUGUGGGCUGAAAACACUUUUUGUUCACACCUCAUAUACUGGCUUGUUAGCAGCUGCCUGCUGGAUUAGCCGCAAAAAGGUAGUGCAAGAUUCAACAAGGACGUGCAAAACAACACUUUUUUUUUUUUAUUACAGUGCCAAACUUUGGGUUUAGCCAACAGUGCACACUGAACUAGUUUCCCCUGCUGUAUGGACUUACCUCAGCUUCUGCCACACUGAAUGAUGGAUGUAUUUGAGUGUCUUAGAUUAGGCUCAUUGUGUGUGACAUAUGAUUGCUGUAAAUAAAUGUUAAAAGAAGGCAACUAUUGUUCAUUUUG